CAAAAAGUCACAAAAACGUCAAAAUGAUGUCAUUUUGACUUUAAAUGGUCAAUUUUUCAUCAAGGCUCCUUGCAGUGACGUCAAAAUGACAUCAUUGUGACGCCAUCGAUAUAUAUGUAUCGAUAUAUUGAAGGUAUCGAAUAACAUCGAGAUCGAGAGUCACUCGAGGAGCUUCAGAGUAAGAUCGUGAGAAUUUCAGAAGAGAAGGAUCUAGAAGAGAACGGAUUACCCGCGUUUUCGCUGCCAGUUUUGUGUUGUGAACGUUCGACGUGGUUUGCCUAGAAGUAUAAGGAAAUGUCGACUCUGUUAAAGAAGUAUUCUGUGGUAGAGUUUGUGUCUGACCCUGGGAAUGAUGAAGAGGAAUACCUUGUGGAAGUUGUACCAACCAAGUGGAUUAGCGAGGAUAGAGAAUUUUGUUAUUAUCCGCCACAUUCCAUGAGGGGGAAAUGUACGAAGUUGGUGAUGAGUCUAGCGGACUAUGACUCGUCCGAGUGGAAACUCCUCCGCAUUAUAUACCAUCACAGUUAUUCUACUUUCAAUGUUGCCCUAAAAGCUAGAAACAAGGCCGUGAAGGAGGACACAAUUGUUGCAACAGAUGUUGAUACAGACUACACCAAACCACGCGACAGAAAGCCGCCUAAACGCCUAAUUCCAUCAGAUUCGGAUUCAGAUGAAGGACCGAGAAAAAAUAAGAAACCUGUGGGAAGUCAUAUUAUUCCGGAACCCAGCUCAACUCUGCCUUCAAACCUCAAAAAGUUACUUGAUAGUGCUAAAACAAAAAAUUUAGCUAAGUCUAAGCAAAAAUCUUCUGCCAUUUUGAAGUUUUUUUCUACAUCAUCAAAGAAAGAUACAACUCCUGUCCGUCAAUUAUUACAGGAAGAGUCUGCACAGGCUGAAACUACUAAUGAUGAAAACUUACCUGAGAUGUUAGAUGAAGAUAAUUGUUCCCUUUCCAAAUUGAAAUCGUCAGUCUCUAAGAAUGAGGGAUCUUCUUUGAGAUCUAAAAAGUUUUCUAACAAUUUAGAGCUACCUGAAGUUGCGGAAGAGACUAGCAUUUGUGAGCAAUCUCAAGAUUCUCAUGAUGAAAGCACACUGAUGUCUGACCACAAUAAUGAGUUCAGAAUAAAUAAAAAAAGAGAUUUUCUAGACAGAUCACCACCAUCAACAAGCUCGUCAAACGAUUCACGGCCAACAACAGGAUGCAGAAGCUGCAUAUCAAUGAUCUCUGGAUCUGGAUCAACUGGCAGUAAGUCUUAUAUUCUCUAUUUUCUUAUAUCCUUGAAGUAA